AUAGAGGCAAUCAGAGCUGGUGGUACAGGAGAACACAUUGUCAGGAUAUUCGGUCCAUACACACGUGCACAUACACAAACACACACACUUAUUCACAUUCUCCCUCUCACACACAAAUGGAGUACUACUGUACAUUCCUACUCUGGAUUCUCUGCAGCAUGCUGCCAGGGUUCCAUGACUGUUUUAACAUUGACACCAGAAAUCCCAGGAUCAUAAAGGGUCCCAGACAGACGCAGUUUGGCUACACUGUUCAACAACACAUAGCUGGUGGACAGAAAUGGUUACUGGUAGGAGCCCCGCUGGAAACAAAUGGACAGCAUCAGACAGGAGACGUUUACAAAUGUCCUCUAAGCAGAAGAUCUGGAGGGCCCAGCUGCACCAAACUCAAUCUAGGAAGGAUAUCCUUGACAAAUGUCUCCGAGCGCAAGGAGAGGAUGAGACUUGGAAUGACGCUUUCCUCUAACCCUAAAGACAACAGCUUUGUAGCUUGUGGUCCUCUUUGGUCAUACGAAUGCGGCAGCUCGUACUACAGCACUGGAAUUUGCUCCAGAGUGAAUGCCAGCUUCAAAUUUUCCCGCACUAUCGCUCCUGCCUUCCAAAGGUGUGAGACAUUCAUGGACAUAGUGAUUGUCCUGGAUGGAUCAAAUUCUAUCUACCCCUGGAAUGAAGUGCAAGACUUCCUAAUCAACAUCCUACGGAAAUUCCACGUCGGACCAGGACAAAUUCAGGUUGGGGUAGUGCAGUAUGGAGAAAAGGUGGUAAGUGAGUUUCAGCUGAACGAUUAUCGCUCUGUGGAGGAGGUGGUGAAAGCCGCCCGUAAGAUUGGCCAGCGAGGAGGAGAAGAGACCAACACUGCACUGGGAAUCAAUGUUGCACGCACACAGGCCUUUACUCAGGGUGGCAGAAGAGGAGCGAAAAAGGUCAUGAUUGUCAUCACAGAUGGCGAAUCACACGACAGCCCUGACCUGCAGCAGGUCAUCGAGGACAGCGAGAAGGAUGGAAUCACCCGAUAUGCCAUUGCUGUACUGGGCUACUAUAACCGCAGAGGCAUCAACCCUGAAGCUUUCCUCAAUGAGAUCAAGUACAUCGCUAGCGACCCAGAUGAUAAACAUUUUUUUAAUGUGACAGAUGAGGCAGCUUUGAAGGACAUCGUGGACGCUCUGGGAGAGAGAAUCUUCAGUUUAGAGGGGACCAGCAAGAAUGGGACAGCAUUUGGUCUCCAGAUGUCUCAGGCUGGCUUUUCCACACAUAUAGUGGAGGAUGGGAUUUUAGUGGGAGCUGUGGGUGCUUAUGACUGGAACGGAGCUGUGCUGAAGGAAACCCGUCAUGGUAAAGUGGUUCCACCAAAGUCUUCAUAUGAGCAAGAGUUCCCAGAAGAACUAAAGAACCAUGGGGCGUACCUGGGUUACACAAUAACCUCUGUGGUGUCAGCUCGCAGCGGUCAGUUGUUUGUAGCAGGAGCUCCACGGUUUAACCACACAGGAAAGGUCAUCAUCUUCACCCUGAAGAACACAGGAGAGCUCACUAUAUUACACUCACUGAAGGGGCAGCAGAUAGGGUCAUACUAUGGCAGUGAGAUUGCUCCAGUUGAUCUGGAUGAUGAUGGAGUGACAGAUAACCUGCUGGUGGCUGCGCCCAUGUUCUUCAGUGGAGGAUGGGAAAAGGGCAAAGUUUACAUCUACAGAGUAACCGAGCAGCCACGUUUUAUACUGGAGGGCUCGCUGGAGGUCUUGGAUCAGGGUCAGAACGCCCGUUUCGGCUCUGCACUAGCCCCUGUGCCCGACCUGAACGGAGAUUCAUUUAAUGACCUGGUGGUGGGAGCACCGCUUGAGGACGACAACAAAGGAGCCAUUUAUAUCUACCACAGCCAACGCAACAGAAUACUGAGGAAAUACAAACAGAGGAUUGGAGCAGUUCAGCUGGCUCCUGGUCUGCAGUACUUUGGUCGUAGUAUCCAUGGGAGGAUGGAUAUGAAUGGAGAUGACCUGGUGGAUCUGGCUGUUGGUUCCCUUGGAGCAGCAGUACUUCUUUGGUCUCGAAGUGUUGUUCGAAUCCAUGCCACUGUUCGAUUUGAGCCCAGCAAAAUCAAUAUAUUCAAUAAAGACUGUCGGAGAGGAGGCAAGGAUGUGACCUGUAUGUCGGCUAUUGUAUGUCUUAAUGUCACAGCCCGGACUCCCAUCAGGGCCUCAGAGGAAAUAGCUCUCAACUACAGUGCAUCCAUUGAAGAGAAGCGCUUUAACCCUCGUGCCGUGUUUGAUGACCCAGAUCGCCAGCAGCCACAGAAUCUCACACUACUUCCUGGAGAGGAGACAUGCGAGCAUAUUUACUUCCAUGUGAUGGAGACUACAGACUAUGCCCGGCCCAUCAUAUUCUCUGUAGAUACUGGGCUGCUGGACCCGGACCAAGGGCCAGCACUUGAUGACAGCUGGCCAACUACAGUGAAAAUACAGCUACCUUUUUGGAAUGGCUGUGAUGAAGAUGACCAUUGCGUCCCCGACUUGGUGUUGCAAUCUCAGACCGAUCUAUUAAAUCGGAAGCAGUUCUGUGCGCAGGCGUUUCGUGCAGGUAGCGUGUUGUGUCGGAGCCAAAGUUCAGCCGAACCUUCUGAACGCAUUGUGGAAGGUUCAAGGAGGAGGAUGGUAGUGGAUGUACGUCUGGAAAACAGAGGAGAGAAUGCUUAUGGAGCCAAGCUUAACAUCUCUUACACUUCAAACCUACGCUUCUCCAGCCUAAUAGUAAAGGAUAACUCUGAUAUGCAUAUAGACUGCCGCAAUGAGAACAGACGACAAUUUGAGAAACAUUGCAACAUCAGUGCACCCUUUAUGAGAGCAAAGUCACAGGUUACAUUUCGUUUGGAAUUCGAAUUCAGUCACUCUGUGCUGCUGGAUCACGUACGGCUCAUUCUGGAGGUCACCAGUGAGGGUGAGGAAGUGGCCUUACAUGAUAACAAUAAUGAAAUUUUCUACAAGUUGAGAUAUGAGGCUGAUUUACUCUUUACAAGGGAUUUUUACCCAACCCGAUAUGAACUAAAACCAGACAUCUCUCUGGAGGAACCAAGUGAUAUCAACCCUCCUUUUAACUUUACUUUUCAGAUCCAGAACCUUGGCUAUUUUCCAGUCCAAGAUUUGCAACUGUACAUUGCAAUCCCUGAAGUCACAAAGAAUGGCAAUCAGCUUCUGCAAAUCACAGAUUUUCACAUAGACCAGAUUGGGGGAAGUCACUGUAUCCCCCCUCAGCACGUAGCACACAGUCGUGCUUCUCCGGAGGACCUGUCCCGAGUAUCCCAGCUGAACUACUCCAACACGCUGGCAAUACCAGUGCAAUGCACCGUCAACCUGCCGUCUUACAGAUAUGUCAGUGUGAAGAUCAGCGGAUCUCUUCGCACCGAUGCGCUGCAUGCUCUGAAGUUCAAAACCCUCGAAUUGGUGACAACAGCCUCGGCAGAGCUGAACCCAUCCAGCCCCAUGUUUCUGCAUGAGGAGAGGCCAGUUAGACAUAUAAUCCUAGAAAUUAGGAAAGAGGAGGAUUACCGUGUACCUAUCUGGAUUAUCAUAGGCAGCACGCUUGGUGGCUUGUUACUUCUCUCUCUUCUCAUUCUAGCACUUUGGAAGUUGGGUUUUUUCCAAAGGCAGAAACGGCGUGAGGAGGCAGAGAACGAGGUCAAUGGCAAGAUGGCGGAGGAAAGAUAACACAGGCUGCUCCAGAGGAUUCAGACAGGCCUGCUUCUCAGGGACCGACCCACAGCAACACACCACUUCUCUGAAACAGAAAGUAGGACUUGUGGCAAUGAAGAAAUGAAAGAAAGGAGAGGGAUACGCUUUGUGCACUGGACAACUUGUUGUCCAAACAUGAAAAAAAAACACUGCAAUGACCCUCGCCGUGCUUGCACUGCUUACUGAGCCGACCCUGUCGAUGGGUCUCCGUCUCACAUCCAGCCCAGAUCAAACCCCCAGAAGCCCUGAUGUUCACAGUGUGAUGUGCUUCUAAGAGAAACAUUCAUGAGAAACACUUCUGAAAGCUGCGUUCAAAAGGAUGACUUGUGAGGGGAAAGAAUUUUAAGAACACCAGACUUUCACAUGGUCUUUAAAAGUUCAGUCAUUACAUUUGAUCAUCUGCCAAAUCCAAUGUCUGAUUCUGCAAAUAUACAAAGAAACCUCAAACGGCUGUGACUGUCUGAAACGGCUAUAUUUUCUGGUGCUUCUUUUUGAUAAAAGAGAAGAGAAAGUGGAAUAAGUUGGCUCACUUUAUUGUAAUGACCGUAUGUAUAUUUAAUAUUAGGCACUGGAGUAUGUAGCUCUACAUUUUUUUUUUUUUUUUUGCAGUGGUCAUAAUUUAUUAAAUGGAUAACAGUUUUUGUUGUGGACAUUACUGCAUUGUUUUUUAUGAAAUAUCCUCCUCUAAUAACCUAAAAUAACUAUACAGCAAUAUUUUUAGUCAUUUAUGCAAUAUGUAUCAUUUUUUAGUAUUAGAUAAAACUAGAGGGGGACAUUUACUCUGUCUUUUUUUUAAAUAUUGAUGCACUUUUUUAUAUUGUAAUGAUACAAACUUGAAUUUUAUAAAUAUACCGGUUAACCUUUAAAACAAA